AUGUAUUUGCUUUUGUUUGUUUUAUUGGUUUACUCUCAAUCGUUGACGGUAUUUGCGGAUAACUUUUAUCCACAAAGUACUCAAUGUCAAACUGAACAAAAAGAAUGGGAGGACAAGUUGAAGGACGUUCCUCAAUCUCCAUUAAUUGAUUGUAGCAUGUUGGACAUUCAGUUUGUGGAAUGUGAAGAUGUUUCUCAAGUUGUUCAGAAGAACAAUUCUAAGGUAAGGAUUUUGUUUGAUUUUGAACAGUUUAGGUAUUAGAUGGUGCUUAAGGUGAUGUUGGAGGUUGUAUAAACUUUGCUCUAUAUUGCUUUAUGAAGAUUUUAUUCUAAUUUUUAUUGCUUUUGUGUUCAAAACUUGUAAGAACUUAUCUUUUGAGUAGAAACAAAUGUUACUUAUCUUGGAUUAAACUAAAAUAUUAUACUUUUAGGAAGGGGACUAUUGUCCAUUUUAUGGACAGAAGAAUGGUGUUUUACAUAAGAUCAAUGUGACAUGCAGAGCUCUUCCUUGUAUUGAAUGUAGAGGACCACGGGAGUUUCCAAGACUUGUGCCUUGUAUUCAGUACGUGUUACGUUUAUUUUUGUGUUUUUAGGUAACAAAGCGUGUUUUUUUAGUUAAUGUAUAAGAAUAGGUCUAUUUAUAGCUUGUACUAGCUAGUUGAAAGUUUGGAUACAGUGAGCUGCCUUAAGAGAAUGUAUAACAAGGUCUUCUAACCAUGCCAGGUGGUAUUUAAUAUAAAUUAUAACUUUUAGUUAUUCUGGCCACUUUUUCUUGUCGACCUUGCUGUACUCAAUGUUUUUGGGGAUGUUGGCAGUAGAUCGCUUCUGUCUAGGAUACUCGGCGAUAGCUGUGGGGAAGCUAAUGACACUUGGAGGACUUGGUGUAUGGUGGGUAACUGACUUCUUUUUGCUGGUUAAUGGUAGUUUGAAGCCGGCUGACGACUCGGAAUGGCAGCCUUGGACUUCUUUUUGA